AUGUUCUCAAAAGUGCUCUUGUCUGCGGCACUGGCCACUUCGGCCAUUGCUCUCUCACUUCCUCCACUGAUCCCCGCCAUUCCUGGUGUCACGGAGCCUCUUGCUACCAACUCUCCGCCUCUUCCCAUCCUUCAGGUCCCCACCCCUCCACUCGACAGUCCUCCUUUCACUAGCAACCAGCAGAUCAAGCCCAAGAAAAUUGGCUACUUCUGGACCGGCGCAGGUGACAAUAGCCACAAAGAUUUCCUUGCAACCUACUCUCUGGACGAUGACAGCUUCGGUACCCUCCUUUGGAUCACCGAUGUUCCUUCAAGCGGUAACAGUCCGCACCACUUGGGCCCAACCCUCGACGGGAAGACACUGCUUGGUGGUGGCCUACUGUCUCUGCUCAAGACUCAGGCGGGUUUCACGCAUUUCCCUGCCUCUGACACUGCUUACUACUUCGACACCACCGAUCCAUACCAGCCGAAGUUCAAGAAGAGCAACCGCGCCUUGCUCUCCUCUAUCACGGAUGAGAUUCGUGCUAAGCCUGACGGGGGCUUCUUCAUCACAUAUAUGGGCUCUGCUGUCGGUACCUCUCCAGGUCGUCUCGUCGAGACAGAUGCCAACUUCAACAUCAUUCACGAGUGGCCUGAGGAUGUUCAGGGCACCCUCAACAUCCUCGGCGAGCAGUUCUCGCCCCAUGGCCUCAGCAUCGACUAUAACAAGAACAUCAUGUUGACAAGUGAUUUUGUUGUGCCCGUCACAAUCCUCAAGCCGGCCUCUGCCAUUGGCAUUCAAAAGGCCAACACGUUACGUCUUUGGGAAUUGUCAACUCGCAAGAUCAUCUCUACGCUCACCAUCCCCGACGGCCAGGGUAUCCAGGAUGUGAAAUUCAUCCCGGGAAACUCCGAGUCUGCCGCACUUGCUACUGCUGUUGGACCCGGCCAAGUCUGGAUCAUCUAUCCCUUCCGCAAAGAUUCCAGCGGCAAGCAAGGCGUCGCUGAGCUCCUCUUCGACCUCGGCCCCAAUGCGCGCGACAACCUCGCAAUUUACUCUGACAUCUCUGACGACGGCAAAUUCGCCUACUUCACCCUUACGCUUGGCAACCACGUUGCCGCCCUCGAUAUCUCCGAUCUCAACGAUGUUAAGCGCCUCGACGAUCCCAAUGAGGAUCAGGGCAUCAUUGGCCCGCACUACAUCAAGAUCUCGCCCGACAAGAAGAACCUGCUCGUCACGGACUACUUCGUCCAGACUGGCUCAAUUGGAGUUGUCAACACGCCUGCCGACUACAAGGCUCAGUGGAUUGACAUCCUGCCUAACGGCGCCUUGAGCUUCAACAGGUCCAUUGAUUUUGAGAAGGUCUUCAGCCAGUCCGGUAAUGGCGGUAACAGGGGUGGAGCAAGACCCCACUCUGCAGUCAUCUUUGACUUGACUGACCCGGCUCAUCCUAAGUACUACUAA